GUUCCGGUUCCGGUUCCGGUGGCGGCCCGGUGCGGGAGCGGCGGCGCGAUGGGGCUGAGCGCGGAGGAGGCGGCGGAGCAGGAGGAUCGCUUCGACGGGAUGCUGCUCGCCAUGGCCCAGCAGCACCAGGGCGGCGUGCGCGAGCUCGUGAACACCUUCUUCAGCUUCCUGAGGAGGAAGACGGAUUUCUUCACCGGGGGAGAGGACGGAGUAGCAGAGAAGCUGAUCACAGAGGCCUUCAGCCACCACAACAAGCUGGCGCAGAAGGAGCGCAAGGAGAAGAAGGCGCGGCAGGAGGCGGAGCGGCGCGAGAAGGCCGAGCGAGCCGCGCGCCUGGCCAGGGACAGGGCCAGGGACACGCAGCAGGCCAGCGAGCCACGCAUCAAGGAGCUCACAGACGAGGAGGCAGAGAGGCUGCAGCUGGAGAUCGACCAGAAGAAAGAGGCACAAGGGCAGGGCAAUGGUGUCCCAGAGAAACCCUCGGAGGAGGAAGGGGAAUCUUCAGAUUCCAACAAACAGGGAACAGAUGAUGAAGAGGAAGAUGAGAAGGAUAAAGGAAAACUUAAACCCAACUCUGGCAAUGGAGCUGACCUUCCAAAUUAUAGAUGGACACAGACUCUUUCAGAAUUGGAUCUGGCUGUGCCCUUCAAGGUGAGCUUCAGGCUGAAGGGCAAGGAUGUGGUGGUGGACAUCCAGAGACGCCGCCUCAGGGUCGGCCUCAAGGGCCACCCUCCUGUCAUUGAUGGGGAGCUCUUCAACGAGGUCAAGGUGGAGGAGAGCUCCUGGCUCAUUGAGGAUGGCAAAACAGUCACUGUGCACCUGGAGAAGAUCAACAAAAUGGAAUGGUGGAACAAACUGGUUUCCACAGACCCAGAAAUCAACACCAAGAAAAUUAAUCCAGAGAAUUCAAAGCUGUCAGACCUGGACAGCGAGACUCGCAGCAUGGUGGAGAAGAUGAUGUAUGACCAGCGGCAGAAAUCCAUGGGCCUGCCCACCUCUGACGAACAGAAGAAGCAGGAUAUUUUGAAAAAGUUCAUGGAACAGCAUCCAGAAAUGGACUUUUCAAAGGCUAAAUUUAACUGAGCUCUCCCCCUUCCCCCCUCUUUCAGCCAGCCCGUUGAAUGGGGCAGGAUGUGUAUGGUUGGAUAUUCCUCACCUUGGGCAAGUAAAACUUCAGCAUCCCCCACCCGAGCUUGCUGUGGAGGCACCUGCACAGAGUCACCUCAGUGUCCUGUGGAGCAGCAGGCAGGGCCCCAGGGCAGCUCCAGCCAGAGCCACCUGCCAGAUUCCCAGAGGGCACUGAGGAGAGAAGGAGGGGUUAGAGCAAGAAGGGGUGUUAGUGCUGAGAGAGCCAGAGCUGAGAGGUUUUGGGGUAAAUCCUUGAGGUGUUGCUUCGCUUCCCUGGGCUGCUCUGCCACUGGCACAGGCACUCCUGAGUUCUGCUCCCUCCUGCUCCCCUGUGAGAACAUGGGUCAGCUGAUUUUGUAAAUAAUCCUGUUUCUGCCUUCUUGGGAAGGGAAAGCAGCAGUUGGAAAGCACAGCUCCUGCAGUGCAGACAGACCCUGCUGCUCCUUGCUGCUGCUCCUGUUGGUGCCACAAGUGGGACAGCUGGAGCACAGCUGGGCAGGGCAGCAGGGAGAGAGGGGCUGCAGAUCUGUGCCUGUGGGUGGGAGAGGGUCUGGGGGGGCCCUGGGGAUGCUGUUGUUGCUGGGAGUGUCCCUGCCUCUUUUCCAAGAGCCUCUCUCCCCGCCGGGCGAGCUCCUGCUGACGAGUGGCAUCACUCUGCAUGUUCAAAUCUUUGUUAAAACUGCAGUGCAACAUAAAGGAAAACGAGUGGAAUA